AGAAAUUUAUCUUAAAAAAUAUUUAUUUUUGUAGAUCUGUACGGACUAUUUUGUAAGGCGCGCUUGUAUAUUGAGCAUAUAGGGUGUUCCACGGUCGACCCUUUAGCCUCAAAACAUUUUCGACUGAGUAAAGAUUUUGUCGUGCUCGAAGCCGUAUCAACAAAAUCUCCUAAGUAUGAUUUCAGGACGAUUUGUUUUCGGCUUCUGUGCGUUUGUCGCAGCGUACAUGUACUAUUCGCCUCCCGGACACGAGAAGAGGACCCUGCAGUAUUUUCAGUCUGAGAUCCGACAACCGGUUGUCCGCUUUCAUCGAGUUGCAGUCGGAGUGAAUGCUGGUGUGGACCUGAUUGUGUCUGCCACAGAGCUGCUGCAGGGCCUGGGGAUGACCCCCAGUCAGACCAGGACUGACCACCUGCACCUGGACAGUCUACAGGACCUGGAGGAGGCAGUGGCUUACUACAUGGAGAAGGGCGCGGCAGGGGAGCGCUACAUGGGAGACGGAGCGCUGUUUCAGCAGAUAGUGGCAGCGGCCGAGAAACUUCCCGACAAAAAGGUCUCCAUUGGCGGUAAUGCAGCCCUGAUGGGGGAGAGGAUGGCUGACAUGGGUGUUCAGGUGUUACUAGGUGGACCGAUGGGUCCACAGGCCAUGAAGCUGCUGAGCUCCAGCGUGCAGGUGCCGCGGGACUGCAUACGGGCGCGGGACGAGGUCCACCUCAUCCUGGAGUUUGGGCGCGGUGAGGCCUGGGGCGACGUGGAGGCGGCCGUCGCCACCCGCUUCAUCUUCUCCAACGACGUCUCCAACGCCAGGAUGGAGCCGCUGGAGGCGUUCUUCGGGCAGUUGGAGCACUUCCGCCCUGACCUGGUGGUUUUGUCGGGUCUGCACCUGUUGGAGAAGGAGAAGGACAGUUUCCGACAGGCGCGGCUGGCCAGGGUCGUCCACGUGCUGCGGAACAUCCCGGACGGCAUCGCGGUCCACCUGGAGCUGGCCAGCAUGGUCGACACGGCGUUCCUGAAAAAAAUCGCAGCUGAGGUUUUCCCUGUGGUUCACUCCAUCGGUCUGAACGAGCAGGAGCUGGCCUUCCUGUGCAAGUCUGUGGACGGACCUCUCCACGCAGAAGUCCUGGACGGGGGUCAGCCGGAAAUACCCGCGGUCAACGACAUCCUCUUCUGGCUCCUCCAAACCUACGGUUACUCCGAAGAGAACCCCACCUCUCGCUUCUCCCGGAUCCACUUCCACUCGCUGACGUUCCACGUCACCGCCGCCCUCCCCGCUUUCUGGGGGAAUCUCCCAUCAGCCACUGCGGCGGGAAGCCUGGUCGCGCCCCAGCAGGCCUGCGGAGAGGACGGCGUCAUCACGCACUCGGAAACCGACAUAAAGAUUCCGCUGGCAUUCCCACUAUCCGUACAACACCCCCCACUCAGGAGAGAGAUAGUCAAGUAUAGUUCUUAUCACCCAGUCACAAGUUGGGUGAGGGAAGGGGUAGAAUUUGCGUUUAGUCCAGUUUUAGUGUGUAAGAAACCCAUCAGGACUGUCGGUUUGGGUGAUGCAAUAUCGGCAACAGGGUUACUAUACUCACAGUUCAAGGGAACACAAUGAUGUUAUCUGAACUACUUGUUGUAGAUAAUCAUUAUAUUGAUAGUCAAUACGUGUAUAAUGUCCUUGGUUUAUCAUAAUAAUGAACUUUCUUGUGCUUUGUUCAGGUACGGAAAAACAAGGUAACGAUAUGUUUAUUCCAGAAUAAGCAGUGAAACUGCUGCUAGAAUUUUUAUUUGCCUGAGAAUUAUGUGUGAUGAGAUAACAGCCACACAUGAUCACCAGUGUUAAAGGUAUCAAACUGUCGGAAGUGAAUAGGGAUGUGCAAUGGCCAAAAGCUAUCAGUGCCCAAAGCAAAUUUGUACAAUACAAACUCCUACCUUGUAAAGAGGGCCUGCAUGGGGGGUAGUGAUAACAAAUUAGGCAAACAUUCAGCCACCAAUUACAAAUUAGGCCAUGUUGAUUUGAUUAUAUGGAUGACAUCCGCGCGCGCAUGAAUUUUCGGCCGUUUCCAAAAAAAAAAAGUUUUCA